AUGGGGAUGCUACCAGAACGAAAAGAUAUUCCACCGUGGGUAGAAGGCCCGGAAGACUUAAAAGAUCCCGAGGUGUUGCACAUCCAGACCCAGCCCUUGGAGGCUCUGCUUGGCCCAGCAGGAUCUCAAAUCCUGUACAUCGAGCGAGUGAGCAAAGUCACACUCGAGCUCAAGGUUCUGGAACCCUUGGACUUCACGGAGGUCGUGAUUUAUGGCUGUUACUUAUGCAAGCUCAGGGCCCGGUGGGUGCGCCGGUCUGUGGCCCAAUGGCACCGCCAGCGACAGGAAUGA